CCCUCGCCAAUGUUUGUGUACAAAACAGUACAAAACGAGCCAACCAAGUCGGGAGUUGAGAGUUGAUUGGUUGGUUGGGAUAAGGACCAUAGGACUAAUGGCCUGGGCGGUGUGGACUUGGCAUCAUCGGGACUUAGAAACCGGGAUUCAUUGAUCGUGUGUCACUCCCUCACUCACUGGCUUAUUGUGGCUGAUUGCGUUUCAAGACGCGGUUGCAGACGAGGCCAAAGCGCGGCCUGACUUUGGCCCCAUUGACAGCGGCGUCCCACCCUCCCGACAUCCAUCCUAGAUCGCAUCGCUCCGAUCAGCCCUCAUGCCGGCUGGCCGGCCACUUCCAUCCGCGGGCCAGGGUACGCCGGGGCCGUGUCUCCUGGCCGCCCUGAUGGGGGUCACGUUGUGGGCGGCGGGGCAGGCGGCGACCGUCCCGUCCGGCUCGACCGAGUCAUUUCAUGAAGAGGCCUUGUUCAAGCCGUUGGCCAACGGUCAGGUGUUAGUCCAUUUUCGCUUCACCACCCUUAAGGCCGACCCGGGCCAAGAUGCGGCUGGACGCCACUUCCGAUUGUUCCCGCGCUCCAUGGCCGAAUUGAUGGCGGCCCAUGAUCUGCGCGAACUGGACCUGAGUCUGAGUCGCGGGGUAUGGCGCGAAGCCGCCAUGGGAUAUCACCCGCGACUCUGGGGCUCGCCGCCCGGGGCGCGCGUCCAAGCCUGGUUUGAGCCGGAGAGCCCGCCCGCCCCAGAUCAUGUCGUCCAGGCGGAUUCGGUGGCGCGCCGUUGGGACCGGCUGACCAACGCGCUCUCGGGUCAAUUGUGCGCCUCGCUCAAUUUCUUUGACGCCACGAGCACGCUAUGUCCGCGCUUCAGCUUUCAGCCGGCCGGGAUCUCGCCCCUGGAUCAUCCCUGGGAGAACAACGCCAGCGCCCACUUCCAAUUGGGCUACUUGCCCCGCGAGAAUGUUUGCACGGAAAACCUGACUCCAUGGAAAAAGCUCCUGCCCUGUCAGUCCAAACGCGGCUUGGCCUCGUUACUCCACGCUGCGCCCAUUCACCGCACCAAUCAUCAUUCGCUCGGGUUGUCGUUAAGACACGUGUGUCCCUCUGGGGUGGCCCAUUGCUCUCACCCGCUGUUGGAGCUGGUCCAAGAUGUCACGCUUGUCUUUCGACCCCAUCAAAUGCCUGAGAAUGCGCGUGAUGACUCCGCUAGCGCCUGGUCCAUCCGCAGCUUGUUCGGCAUCGGACUCACGUCGGCCUGUCCCAUGGCCGAGUCGAGUCAGCUCCUAUUCGAUGUUACCGACGACCUCUACCACUUGCAAUGGCCCGAAGGCGUGCCCGAUCGCGUGUACGAGGCGGAUGGCCGUCGAGUGCGUGCCGUCCACUUAGACCACCUCUUGGAACGUGGCUCGUCCAAUGUGAUUGCCAACUACCGGCAACCCGUCAUCUACGGACUCAUUCCGGCCCCUCGACUGCACGCCCACCGCUACGUCGUAGGUCAUGGUCAAGCUCAGGGCGGAAUCGUGACCAAGAUCACCAAUCGGCAUUCGGAGCCAUUGGCCGUCGUAUUUCUAGACGUGAUUCCCUGGUAUCUCCGCACUUAUUUCCACACCCUCCGCAUUCAAACCGACCAGGGAAUGACGAUCCGGCCACAUCGCGUCGAUUUCUCACCGGCCCGCGAUCGCGAUCGGCCUUACGUACUCGAGGUGGUGCUCACACUCCCGCCCCAAAGCGUCAGCCAGAUCUCGAUCGACUUUGAAAAGUCCAUUCUCAAAUGGCUCGAGUAUCCGCCCGACGCCAAUCACGGCUUCUACGUGAGUUCGGCGCUUAUCACGGCGGUGCUGCCGGAUCGGCGGAACUUCACGCAUAUCGGUCGCUACUACAGCACUUAUGACCAAUGGCUGGAAUCGUUCUCGAUAACCUCGUCCAAUGCCAGCACUGCGGAGCCUCGGAGCGACCGGGUGGUCCGGAUCUUCACCGAAAGUCUCCUCAUCAAUCUACCCACCCCGGAUUUCUCGAUGCCCUACAAUGUGAUUUGUUUGGCGUGUACAGUGGUGGCUUUGGCCUUUGGUCCGCUGCAUAAUAUCACAACCAAAGAUUUGCGUUUGGAUGUGGGUCCCGAGCCCGAGGGAAUCGUCCAACGCGUGAAAGCGAAAGUCACGGGCAUUUUAGGACGGAGCCAACCCUUGAGCCCCCCGACCCCGGCAGAAACCGACCCAACACUCGAGGAGCGUCAAUGAAUGAACGAAAUCGCCACAUUUCUUUUUGCAGUUGCCUCUGUUGUAUAUAUAUGUACGAAUUCAAAUGAAAAACAUGAAACCAUUUUGUGCUGUGAUGAAGAAUGA